AUGGUUCUCCAGUAUGCAGAAGGUAGAAAUUUUAAUUAUUGGAUGAAUAAUAAUUCAAAAUAUUUUAACUGGUUAAUUAAAUUAAAAGUGUUAAGCAGCAUUAUUAGUGGACUCAAAGAAAUUCAUCAAAAACAGAUGGUUCAUCGUGAUUUUCAUAUAGGAAAUAUAUUAUUUAAGGAGAUACAUUUGUUUACUUCAAAUUAUAUUUCCGAUAUGGGAUUAUGUGGAGAAAUUGGUAAUAUAGAUGAAACAAACAUUUAUGGAGUUGUGCCUUACGUGGCUCCCGAAGUAUUAAGAGGAAAAACCUAUACUCAAGCAGCAGAUAUAUAUAGUUUUGGUAUGAUCAUGUAUUUUAUAGCGACUGAAAAGCAACCUUUCUCCAAUUGUGCACAUGAUCAUCUUCUAGUAAUAGAUAUAUGUAAAGGAAUUAGACCUGAAAUAAAUGAGCUGGAAGCACCUAAAUGUUAUAUUGAUUUAAUGAAAAAAUGUUGGGAUUCAAAUCCUAUUAAUAGACCGAACGCUUCCGAAAUAGAAAAAUUCAUUAUUUUAUUUCAUAAUUCAUAUUGUAGUAGGGAGACGACUCGCUUGGUUCGGUUCGAUUCCGAACCGAUACUGUUGAAAAAACCGAGUCAAACCGGUUCGGUUCUUGUCACUUCGGUCCAGAUCCGAGCAAGAUUACAGAUACAAUGUUUCAUUUUCAAUUCAUGGUUUUAUGAUAGUGGCGAGGCAUUUAAAUAA